AUGGCGGGUUUUCUUCCUGUACAUGAGCGUGUGCCUCUUUAUUCCGUAAAAAAGUCGACUGUAUUGCUUCCCGACGUUUGCUCAUCACCUCCUUUAAACAUUCUUAUAUUUGGUUCUUCAUAUAUAAAACGGUUAGCGGUUUAUUUAUCGCAUUUUAAUCAUGUUAAUUUGGAUUUGGAUCGGCGUGUGUGUCGAGUAACUUGCUGGGGACAUGGCGGUCUGUUAGUCCGCAAUGAUCCGCACGGAAGACUGUCCGUCACGAACUCGAGAUUUUCGGAAAUGGAUAUAAUUAUGCUCCAUCUAGGAUCGAAUGAUUUGUGCGACAUUUUAUCAUUUCCGUCGGUUAUAGCUCGGGAUGUCUUUGACUUCGCUAAAGAUGUGUUGUGUGUUUGGCAUCCCAAGUUAGUUAUAAUAAGCCAACUUUUGCCCAGGCAGUGUGAACCUUAUAACGGCUAUAAUGCCAAGAUUUUGGCUACCAAUAUGGAGUUAGAGGCUCUUUGUUUUUCUGAGAGGGUGAUGUCUAAACGUGGAUCGAAGCGCCCAUUAGAUGAGGGUAGUGGUGAGCCGUCAACAUCUGGAUCAUGUCCCAUGUCAACGGCUGAAGACAGAUUGACCGAAAUUUUGAUUAAAAAAUUGAUUGAUAGAGGUUUGCACACUUGUUUGAAUCCGGCUUUGCACCUAGUACUAUUGCUAGCCAUGCAUCAGUUCUGA